AUGGCACUUGCUAAGCUAAUUGGAAGUAUUUUAAAGUCGGUCAGUCAUCAACACCAGUCGAAAAUUUUCCUGACAACCACUGUGAGACUGCAACAGAAUGCUGAGUUCUCUGACACUCAAGGACCUUCAGAACCAGCUGAAGAUCUUGAAACAGCUUUUCCUGCACUGGAGACACCUAGAAUGACAUCAAGAACUCUGCGAUUCCCAGUGGACCACACUUAUCCUCGUCUAUCAUGGGUGGAAUCUAUGGACACAUAUGAGGGCACAAAACUUGGCAUGAUUGAUCUCCAUCCUGAUGUGUUUGCCAUAUACCCAAGGAUUGAUGUGCUGCAUAAAAACGUCCAUUGGCAGAAGAUGUACAGACAUAUUGAUUACAACUUUGAGCCGUCACGAGCUGAAAUGCCAGGAGGUGGCAGAAAGCCCUGGCCUCAGAAAGGUACAGGCAGGGCUCGACAUGGCAGCUGCAGAUCACCAUUAUGGAUUCAAGGUGCCAAAGCUCAUGGUCCUCGAGGCCCCAAAAGCUAUUUUUACAUGCUAUCCCGAUAUGAUAGAGCCCUCGGUCUUAGGGCAGCUCUGUCUUGUAAAUAUGCACAGAAUGACCUGGUCAUUGUUGACUCCUUUGAUAUACCCACUUCAGAGCCUGAGUAUCUGCAGGAGCUAACUGAUGUCCGAUUCUGGGGUUAUUCAGUCUUGUUUGUUGAUGACACUGAUGUCAUGCCAGAGAAUAUUGCUGUUUCUGUGAGUCAGAUACGUGGCUUCAACAUUUUGCCAGCUUAUGGUCUCAAUGUGUUUUCAAUGCUGAAACAUGAAACUCUGGUGUUAACACUGGCAGCCUUGGAGAGAAUUGAAGGCAAGCUGCUGGAUGAAGUUCACACAACGCACCGUCAAGAGAAGUUUGUCAACACACUGAGGCCAGAAGAUUUCCGAAAACACCCAAAGCAAGAUACUACAAUGCUGAAGAGUUUUAGUGCCCCAAUAGGCAACAAUUAA